AUGAGUGAUUCAGAAUCGGAGGCAGAGACUGAUUAUUUUCAUUCGGAUGCGGAUGAACUGCAAGAACAGAAAUUUCCAUUGAAAGCGAAAGCAACAAGUUUUAAGCCAUUUAAAGUAAAUGAUGAGGUGUCUGAUGAAGAAGAAUUGGAAGAAAGUGAAGAAGAGAAUGUCGAGAAAUACACAAACGAAGAAGAAUCUAACGAAAAUUUAGAAGAACUACCCACGGGAGAUGAAGAGUCAUCUUCAAAUAUACUGCACAAUUCAUUAGUUAAUAAAAAACUUAAAAAACUCACAGAUAAAGAGCUAGAGAAGGAAAAGAAAAGAUUAAAAAAGACUGGAGUAUGCUAUUUAUCGAAAGUUCCACCGUAUAUGAAACCAUCAAAGCUAAGAUCGAUUUUAACAAGGUUUGGCACAAUCGAUAGAUUGUUUUUAAAACCAGAAGAUUCAUCCAGUUAUCAUAAGAGAAAGAAAUAUGGAGGCAAUAAAAAGAAAAAAUUUACAGAAGGAUGGAUUGAAUUUGUGAAUAAAAAUGAUGCUAAAUUGUGUGCAAUCACACUAAAUGGUUCAAAGUUGGGUGGUAAAAAGGGGUCUUAUUAUUAUGAUGAUAUAAUUAAUAUAAAAUAUUUGAAAAAUUUUAAAUGGAUGGAUCUAACACAACAAAUUUCCAGAGAAAAUGAAAUAAGAGAGGCUAAAUUAGCUUUAGAAUUAUCUCAGCAAAACAAAUACAAUAGAGCAUUUGUACACAAUGUUGAACAAGCCAAACUAAUAAAAGAUAUUCAAAAAAAAAGGAAAGGUAAUGAAAAUAGUGAGAACACGAACGACAAAUCUAGUGAAAAUGAACUCCGAAGAAAUUUUAAACAAAGAAAGGUUGAAUCGAAAUUGAGUGAAUCAUCAAAGGAUUUUGAAACGAACCUAGCGUCUAAAAGUAAAUUAUCUACAGUCUUAUCUAAGGUUUUAUAG